AUGAGCAGCGUAUUCAGUAACGCAGUAGUCACGAUCGCCGCGGCUGACGCAGAGGACCAUGCUCAAGGCGGAAGAUCUCGCACGAAGGGUACUUUGGACACUCGCGGAUGGAUCCUGCAAGAACAGCUUCUAUCGAAGCGCAUCAUCUACUACGACAAGGGUGAGGUUUACUGGGACUGCAUCACGUCCUCGGCCUGUGAAUCCUCUCCUGUUUCGAUUUCGCUUCUUGACGAGGCGAAUCCGGAAGAAGCAUGGGCUUUAAAGCUGCUUCGUAGAACGUUAGCUGGAUCCUUGAGCAGCCAUGAACUGCGCAAGAGAAUCUGUGACACGUGGUUGGAGGUCAUCAAGAACUACUCGGCUCGAGUACUCACGAAACCAGAUGACAGACUGAUAGCACUGGCAGGUAUCAUUGAACCACUCAAAGUUAUCCUUAAUGAAGAACCCAUCGCUGGAAUGUGGCACGACCAGCUGUGGCGGCAACUAAUCUGGUGGCUCGGCCCAACGAUUCCACGACUCCAGACUGACAACGGCUUCACUGCGCCAUCGUGGUCGUGGUUAGGCGUCCAAGAGCGCGUGUACUACCACAACUCUCUACCGGGCGAACGGCCUCCACAAGACGCGCUACAGCACAAGUUCACCGACCUUGAGUCUUGCUAUUUUAACCUCAACUCUGUCGAAGUUCAGCCACUACCAGACAAAGCAGGACUUAAGGGACGUCUAGUUGUCACAGCACAAUUCUUCCCCUACCACCUUACCGCCCUGGAUCUCAAAAGUUCCGUGCAGAAACGCUUGGACAAGGCGAAAUUAAGACUCAACACUGGAAGAUGGAUGUUCGAUAAAGUGGUAGAGUUGCCUUUGGAUGUACAUUGUUUGGUAGUUGCGGAGGAUAAUACUGCAAAGAUGUUAGUGUGCCUGGUGAUUGUGCCAGAAGGGUUCAAUCUGAAACGACAAGUCAGCGGCGAUGUCACAGCUUCUGUAAUGCCCUCGAUAAUCGCCAGCAAGCCACAAGUCGCCUUCUCGAAGCGUCUUACAGAUCCAAGCCUGUAUCGCCUUACCAUUGUCCAACUCCGCAGGAAAGCGCACGAACGACAGCUCGAUGUCAGCCAUUGGGCCCACAAGUGGAAAUUCGUUCAUGCCCUACUUGCUCUGGUACAACAGCAUGCGGAGGACAUCCCCAAAGUCGACAGAAGAACAAUAUUUGACGUGCCAGGCGAGAUCAGGAACCAGAUUUAUGGUUACUUGCUUAUAGGGGAUGUUCCUGUCGUGGCCCAAUAUGGUAAACUUGCAAUGUCUCAUACCGACCAACUCCUACAGAGGGAAUAUCCGACAGACAUGGACUUCUGGGCAUCGGCCUACACAGACCUUCCAUCUCUCUCCGCCCUCUACUCUCAGCCAGAAGCCGCCAGUGAACUCCUCGCCCUGUCCCGGACAAGCCGCGAGCUACGCAAAGAAGUCAGAGCCUUCUUUUUUGCUUUCAACCACUUCCGGGUCCUCAGCUCAAAAAGCACGGGCUACCAACAAUUCUUUGAACAUAUUGGUGCAAAUGGGCGUAUGAACAUUCAAAAGCUCACUUUGUCGGGCACUGAGUUCUUCCAUCACAAUGCAGCUUUCGAAACCCUUUUUGGCUCCUGUGUAAACCUGCGAGAGCUCGAGAUUCGCCUGCACAUCGGGAACAUUGUCAAUCGGGAGAUGUAUGAGGUACUCAGCGAUUUCGAUUUCCCAGAUGACCAGGAUUACUUCGAAAUGGGUGACCCUGAUUCUGUGUUCUCCCCACUACUGAGCAUUUUCAAUCUUUUACCAGCUUUACAGAAGCUUCUCGUCGUUAUUGCUCUUCCCGACUGGAGUGCCCCAUACCCAUGGGGCUUACCGCGACGACUCGGCCUAGGAGUCGUAAGGGGACGGCGGGAUGGCCUGUUGCGUGAAGACAUUUUGUUUUCCAUCAUCAAGCAAGCGGUAGAGGAAAGGCUGGUACAAGUGUUGAAAGGAAAGAACGUUCAGGCGAACGUUGACGUGAAGAUGGGAGCACCACCAGAGCUACCCUGGGAUAAGGAAGGUGACGGAAAGCAAGGUAUAGAACGUACGCACCUUGGCGGAAGAGUUUACCUCAAAUGA